AUGUCAGAUAUAGCCAAACGAAAAAAGCGAAAUGGAGUUGAAUAUUUGGAACGGCCCGUCAAAUCGGAGAACGACAAGAAAGAAUAUAGAGUCAUCAGAUUACCAAACGGUUUCACAGCGUUGCUAAUAUCCAAUGAACAUUCAAAAACGAGCGCUACCCAAUAUCCAAAUGAAGAAGAUGAAGAGGCACACUGUAGCUUAUGUGUGGGGGCAGGCCGUUUCAGCAAUUCAUUGGAAAAUCCAGGCAUAGCAUACUACUUUGAGAAAUUAUUAGAUUAUAUGGGAUCCGAAAAAUAUUUUCAAGAUAGUAACUCUGAUAUUAGUUUUGAUGCAUUUACGAGCAAGUGUGGUGGCUUUACUUAUGCCUUAACGGAUUGCGAGAAUACAACGUUUUAUUUUCGAAUCCAAACCAAAUACUUGUUAUCAGCUCUUGAUCAUUUUGCUGCAAUUUUAAUUAAACCCUUAAAGAAAGAUAACUUUAAUCUAUGGCGAGCGGACGUAGAAUCAGAGCGACGAAUUCCUUCGUCAUCUUACAGGAAUAGAAUGGAACAAUUGUUAUCCUCUUUUGCGCGAACUGGUCAUCCAGCUUGUAAGUUUCCUAAAGACAAUUUUAUAACAUCACAAGAUAAUGUGGAUGACAACAAAUUGUACGAAGAACUGGUUAAAUUCAAGAGACGCCAUUACAGUGCUCACAGAAUAAAGCUUGUUGUACAGGCAAGUUUACCAUUGGAUACAAUGGAAAAUAAUGUUAGUAUGUGCUUUUCUGACGUACUAAAUAAUGGGUUGCCCCCUGACGAUUUUACCCAAUUUAAAAACGAUUAUUUUUUUGAUACUCCAGCUUUCCAACAAAUGUAUAAAGUUAGCUAUAGCCAUACUUUCAACCGGCUACAAGUAACGUGGCCAAUGCCCUCGCUUUUCGAUUUCUACAAAAGUAAACCGCAUCAAUAUAUCUCCUGGAUUAUAGAGCAUAAAGGGAAAGGGUCCUUAACUAGUUAUUUACGCAAAAAAUGGAAUUGUGAAGUAACAAUGUAUAAUAACAGCUUCAUGCCAGCUUCAUGCCAUUACAAUUUCAUGCAUACCUCCAUGUACACGUUACUAAAUCUUACGGUAAUCCUCUCCUAUGAGGGAUUACAACAUUUGGAGGAAAUCUUAAAUGCAAUUUUUUCCUUUAUCAAUUUAUUAAAAGAAACAGGUCCGCAGAAAAGAAUUUACGACGAGCUUCGCAAGAUUAGGGAAAAUAAUUUUAGAUUUUCCGAAGAAGAUGUUGCAGAGUUCAAUGUAAUAGAUUUGUCUAGAAGUAUGCAUUUCUAUCCGUCGCGCGAUUAUAUAACUGGAAAUAAGCUUCAUUUCGAGUACAAUGCAAAAGAUAUACAACAAUGUUUGAAUUAUUUGACUCCAGAAGCCGCGAAUAUUAUGAUUUUUACCAAUAAGGAUUUUGAAUUAAAUGAAGUAAAAGAAUGGUCGAAAACGAAGUAUACAGACGUCGAAAAAUCAAUUGUACCGCAGGAAUGGGUCGAACAUUGGAAAUCCAUUGAGGCACCGCUAGAUAUUCAUUUACCAUUACCAAACACAUUCCUUCCCAGCGACUACUCUUUAAUGUCAGUACCGGCAGCUGUUCCAAAAUAUCCUAAACAAUUGAUCAGUGAUAGUACAGCGGAGAUUUGGUAUCACCCAUAUUCCAAGAUUCGUUUGCCAAAAUGCUAUAUGUAUUUCCAUUUAAUUUCCUCUCUGGGGCUUUUGUCGCCAAAGAAUGCAGCUCUUAUGGAUAUGUACUGUGAUGUAUUAUCAUUUCUGUUGAUCGAAAAAUUAUAUCCAGCCACAGCAGCUGGAAUUAAUUAUGAGAUCAGUGUCACUGAAAAGGGUAUUACAUUAAAAAUAUACGGAUUUAACGACAAAAUGCCAUUCUUGUUGAAAACUAUUGAGGAAUACAUGGUAGCCUAUCCAAUGCUUGUUACGAGAGAUUUAUUUGAAAUCGUCAGAGUGCGACGGCUGGAGAAAUAUUACGACGAAUUUACAAAUUCUGCGAAACUUGUCAGCGAAGUAAGAUUAUCGAUACUGAAGGUCAUCCAUUAUACGCACGUUGAUAUGCAUGCUGCUCUUCGUGAAAUUAAUUUUGGAGAAUUUACAGACUUUGUGAAAUCAUUUACUCAACAUUUAUAUAUUCAGUGUCUCAUACAAAGCAACAUAACGGAACUUGAUGUAAUCAAGAAUGUAGGGCAAUUUCUUAAAAAUAUUAAAUGCCGUCCCUUGAUCAAUAAUGCGUUCCAACAAAUGAGAGUGACUCGGAUACCCUUGGGCCUAAACUAUUGCAAGUUAAAAAUUAUCGACAAAUCUAAUUCAUCUAAUUCGAAAUCGGUAGUGACAAAUUAUUAUCAAGCUGAUGUCACAUCGUUUGAAUUAUCGAUGUUGAUCGAACUGAUGAUCUUUAUAAUGCAAGAUUCGUUAUUUUUUGAGCCUGACGGAGAGUUUGAACACAUUUUGUACGACAAUGGAAAUGUCAAUGGGAUUUUAGGAUAUUACAUUACCGUUUGUACUCGGACAGAUAAAUACUCAACCGAGUACAUAGAUCAAAGUAUAGAAAAAUGUCUCACAUCGUUUAAGGAGAUUUUGGAGAAAUUAUCGGAAGAAGACUUUGAUAAUUAUAAGGAAAGCAUAAAGAAAGCAUGGCAUACAUGCGAUGUUAAACACGAAGUUGACAGAAACUGGAACGAAAUCACGAAGUUCGAAUACAUGUUUGAUAGAUUCGAGAAGAAAAAGCUCGCACUAGAAGACCUAAAAGUCGAUGAGUUAAGAAAAUGGUUUGAUGAGCACACACUAAACGGAUACAGUUUUAGAAAAUUGAGUAUACAUAUGGCAGGUACUGCUCCGAAGAAAGAAGAAGUCAACGAAGCAAAUUAUAACGCAAAGGAUAACGAGAAAAUACAACACUUUGCUUUGAAUUACGUGAUCAACGAUGAGCAGUAUUGGAACAUAGAAGAUUACAAGAAAAAACUUUACAUCUAUCCAAUGAACGAGGGAUCCUCUCAAAGCGCUAAAUAA